AUGGCACAAGCGCAGAAAUACACGCCGCUGGCGCAGACGUCGCCGCCGCGCGCGCGGACGGACUCGGAUUCCGAGCACCGUGCGUCCCUGACGACAACACCACCAACGCGGCAGGCGCUACCGCGGUCCACGGGCGCACUAGCUUCCGCUUCUGCGGGAGGCCCGGCGGGAGACCCUACGCGAGGAAAGCACUACGACGACGACGGGCGGGUCUGUGUAUGUGACUGCGACACUGCUGCGAGCGAGCGGCGUGGCGAUACUGACGGCUUCUGCACCCGCGUCUUGAAGGGCCAGAGCGUUCGCAACUGCUACAACGAGCCCGUCGGGAGGGAUUUGAGACUUGCGGGCUGCGAGGAGGACGAAGGGAGGGAAGACGUGAAGGUCUGCGCUCACUGCUACUACGUUGGAGAUUUACACGCCCGAGACGGACACGCUCGAGACGGCUACGCUCGAGACGACCACGCCCACGUCACAGAAGACUACCCUAGAAAGCGCAAGAAAGCACGGCUUAACCACCACAGCCGCACGUGCUCGAGCUGCGUGUUCGAGGCUUUCCGGAGCGCGGUUGUUUGGGUACCUGGGAUUGCGCGGCUGGGUGCUAAGAUGGUGGGAGUGGGUGCUGGUGUUUUGGGGCGUGGAAAUGGAGGGAACGGCCCUGCUGGUGGUUCUGGCAAGAGAGGUGUGGAUGUUGAGAAGGGAGUGAAAGAUGCGAAUUCCGAGACGGGGAGCGAUGGGUCGAGGGAGGAGGAGGGCGGCGUGAGACUGCUCACUGAUGCAGCCGUCUCUGCUGCUGCUGCUGCUGCUGCUGCUGCUGCUUGCGCCACGACACUUGGUGGCAGGGCCACCACUGCCUACAGGUUCGUGGAGUGCUCUAACGAAGGGGUGUUUGAAGACGAGGACGAGGAUAUGGAUGCCGAGGGCACCGUAUUCGGGUUCGAGGGAACCACUGGAGCCAGCGCUUCACUUUCCGCAGCUGGAUACCCAUCCUUCGCCACAGGCACGCGCACACCUACACCGGGAAGCAGCACACGCGCGCACAAGGCUCGCAGUCCAAGAAUCAGCGGCUUCUGCGUAAGCUUGCCCAGCGACGACGACAUCUUCAUGGACACGUCCACCGACACAGAAGACGCCACUCCAACCAACAAGAAUACGCACACUUCCAAGUACACAUCCACAUCCACAUCUACGUCUACAUUGACAGCCUUCAUGCGCGCCUGCACGCCGCCUACCACAGCGAUCGCGGCUGCGACUAAGUCCUCAGCCAGCUGCGUCUUCAUGGACCCCGCUGCGUCUCCCUCCCGCGCCUCGACGCCCGGGGACAGCGACGCCGCGCUCGACUACCUCUUCACCGGAAGUCCGGGCCCGAGCACGCACGAGCAGGGCGACGGCACGAACACUGACACCACCACCGUCGCCACCGACAACAACGAAGCUGACGACGAUGUCCACACCACAACCGCCACCGCCACGCCCACACCGCCGCUCCCACACUACCGCGGCACCAACAUCAACACCAACAACAGCAGCACGAAACCCAAAGCGCUCCCGCGCUUCUCGCUGCAGCUCGCACCACCGCCGCCUACGCCGUUGCUGAAGGACGAGGAGAAAGAGGACGCGCGCCCUGCUGCUAGAGAGAAGAGCGCGGCGGUCGUGGCGAGGGAGACGGCGCGCGCGUUUGCGAGGCGGGUGCGGAGGGGCGAGGUUGUGCCGCCGAUGAGGGAGGAUGCGCGCAGGUUUCGCGAGUGGGUUGCCGCGUAUGCGCGUGCUGGGGGUGUGUGA